GCCUGCUAAAGGCCCAUGUGUGUUCACCCGCCUCAUGCACACAGAACUGCCGGCUACAUUUGUUAUCUGUGUUUGACCCUCAGAUGCAGUGGAACCCUUGAUCUCAGCAUCCUGGAAGUGGAAAUCACGGAAGAGACUGGUGCUUCAUCACAUACAGGUUUAGUGUGUAGCAGUGCCGGUUCUAAAGUAGGACAGUCUGGGGAAGAGGUGGUGCCGCAGCACACCUCUCCGGCAGUGGCUGUGCUGGGUGGCACCUCCGCGGCUGCGCAGAAUGUGGCCGGGCCACCCCAGCAUGCCCUGCAGCCAGUCGCAGCUGCCACUCUACAACCAUCAUCGGUUGACAUCGCCACUGCAUCACAGCGGAAAGGAUACUCAAAGGCUGCAUGUAAAGACCAGACCAUCGCUCACGUUCAAAGAAACACCGUUACCGAGGAAUCAGAGGAGAUAUCAUCUGUCCAAAGAGGACUGGUGUCAGCUACUGCUGAAGACACACAAAAACUUACAGACACAUUGGAGGGUCGGACUCCCUCAGACAGACUUUUUGAGAGUGGGACAGAUAGCAUUUCGCAAAAACAAGAUUUGCUUUACAGGUGUAACAAAGAGCAAACAAAUCUUGCAUACAGGGAGACUGAUAUGGCGGAAGGAUCCAACACAGGCCACUGCCAAGAUUGGAGCCAACACCCUGGAGAUGCGGGGGGUGUCUCUGCCCCUGUUGAGACAGAAAAGGGACCCUUGCCUCCAGAAUCAAUCAAAUUGGGCUACAAGAACAUGUCUGGAAAGCACACACCUGGAGAAAGCCCCUUUGUCCCAACAACAGAAGUCAUCGCAGCAGUCUCAAGUGCAGUUAAGACAACAGACAAAGACAUGGAGCAGCCCCAUACAACUCCCCUUUUUCAGACAAACCAGACUGCCACAUCAUCUGCGAUUGGCAUCCCACAGAAACAAAGUACGACCAAUUCAGCGAAGCAGGAUUGUAAACUUGACUCUAAGGCGGCUAUGGAAGUUGUCACACAAGAUCUGCCUAAAACAGACAAAGAAGGUGCAGUUAGUCCAAUUAGACAAACCUUGGGAACAAAACAAGGUAAUAGUGGAAAUUCCCUUUGCUCAGGAUAUUCAUCAUCAAAACAAGGAGGGGAGCACAUUACCCCUGACAGUGGAAAUAGCAUGCCAAAUGACUCAGAUAAGGGCAGCUGUUAUCCCCCAGAGGACUGCAGUAAAACACAAAAGGCUACACAAUGGACAAAAACACCUGGUGUGCCCACCCUGCCUGAGAAUACACAGUGUGUGCAAGAGCUAAGCUCUCAGUAUGUACGUUUAAGUGAAACCCCCAAAAUGUUAAAUUUGGGUAAGGGGACUAGUGCAAGGGAGGGGCAAGGAAACAAGAAAGUCCCUGUAGAUGGAGAUCUUUGUUUUAAUGUGGCUGCUAAAGUAUUUCGCAACAUUUCUGUUGAUGAACCAAAGGUGUCUGGGCAUGGGACAUGCACUGACAAUGUACAGGUCCCCAUUGUUAAUGAAAGUUCACAAGUCAUGGUUUGCGGCUCUUCUGAUGUGAUUUUGAGGCAGAAUGACAGUGCCAAUCGAAUAGAAAUAUCCAUGUCCUCAAAUCACCAACAGGAUGGGAGCGUGCAGCUCGCACACACAGGGAACUGUGUGACUUUAGAGGGGCUAGAAUCAGAUCAGCCAAAUCUUUCUGACUGUACGGUCCAACAUGUACAAGAGUCCAUUCCAGCUGAUCAUAAACUCUCACAGAUUCAGAUAUGCCUGAAUGAUACUCCAGAUAUCGUGAAUGUGGAAGAGAGGCAAGAAGUGAGUGCAGAGGCUCUCGAUGCUGUUGAGGUGAAAGAUUUGAUCGAUGUAGGUGUUUUAAUGCAGCCAGAUAUGGAGGAUACCUGGCUGGUUGUAAGUGAGAUAGAUGGGCAGUCUGAGCAUGCAGAGAUGGAGGUCAGCGAGGAGUCUCUUGUGCAGUGCCCUGAAUCCCAGUCAACUGUUGCUGUAUAUGAAUGCACUGUGCCCUGCUUUACAUCAACUGCCCUUCACAGUGAUGUUAAGCUGCUGGUAACUGACAAAGAAGAGGAGGAACCAAUAGAAACAUUGACGCAAGACUCACAAGCCCAGAGUAAUCUAGGGAAUCUGUUAAGUUGCUGUCCUGAUGCACUCAAACCCACCGAAGAGUUACUUACCAUGGCCUCUAUGCAAAAAGAAGAAUCUAUAAUUGUCAAGCAAAAUGAUGAUUCAACUCGCACUGAUCUUGCAAACACGCUGACAGGUUUAACAUCCACGGUGAUGAACGUCACACUUGAGUCUGUGCGAGAGCAGCAAGAAUCUGUUAUGGUGGAAAACACACCAGGUGUGUCAUUAAUUUCAUUGUCUUCUGGGACGAUUGAUCCAAAGCUACUGAUCCUAAAGAAGGGUGACAGCCCUGCCCUUAAGCAACCUUCUUCAGUGUCUGCUAGGAUCUCAACCACGCAGAACUUACCUGUCCUGGCUGGAUCACCCAGUGAUGGAUUAAAUAAAGCUGCAGAGUGCCUUGCUAAAACUGAAUCAGCUGCAUCCUCCAUCCAUCCUUCUAAUGUACUUUCACAGAACAGCUCUGUGAAAGAAAACUUAGAUAAAUCAAACAGUUCUGGCAAGUUGCUUCAAAAGGAAUCCUCUGCUAGCGCUUCUUCAUCAGUUCAACUCCAUAACUCAAAAAGCCGCCUUCCUCCUCCUGCUGGAGAUGUGUGGGGUGCUGUAUCCAGUGUUGUCCCAGAUUCAAUGAUUUUGGGGGUUGAACUGGAGAUGGAGCAGCAGCAGUUACCAGAAGAACUUUUGUCAACAACGCAAGAUGCUCAGAACUCCAUCCUGGAGUCACUUGACGCUUCUAUAGAGGAGAGCAGCGAUGCAGAGGUUGAUAGCUCUAUGGAUGUCCAGAACGAGGACAGCAAUGCUACUCCCAGUCCAGCAGCGAACAAGCGUGGGCAGAGCAGGACAGACAAACAAGGCUUGUUAUUGAAGGUUUGCCAAUGGAUUGCAGGCAAGGUUACAGCAGGCUCUACCCCUUCCACCUCCCCAAUUCCAUGUCCAUCUCCAUCUCCCUCAUCUGGUGACUGGAUGCGUUCUCACACAGGCAGGGCCUCACCUGUACGCAACUCUCUUGGCAAAAACAUGCCCUCCACUUCCUCCCAGGGUUCUGGUGGCUGUUCUCAGUCAGAGCAAACAACCAACCAGAAAUCCACGCCAAAGCAUACAGACAUGGCAGAACUGGCAAAACAUGAAGCAGAAAUAGAACAUCGUACCCUUGCACUAAAACGUGAGGGUUUCUGGUCCCUAAAACGUCUGUCUCGUAUAACCGAACCAGUACGGCCCAAAGUGCAUUGGGAUUACCUCUGUGAGGAAAUGCAGUGGCUUUCUGCAGAUUUUGCACAAGAGAGGCGAUGGAAAAGAGGAGUGGCCCGAAAGGUAGUACGGAUGGUGAUGCGCCACCAUGAGGAGCUGAGACAGAAGGAAGAGAGAGCGAAACGUGAGGAGCAGGCCAAACUGAGAAGAGUUGCUUCUUCUAUUGCCAAGGAGGUCCGUGCCUUCUGGAGCAGUGUUGAGAAGGUGGUCCAGUAUAAACAACAGUCCAGACUGGAAGAGAAGCGGAAGAAGGCUCUAGAUCUCCAGCUUGAUUUCAUUGUGGGUCAGACAGAGCGUUACUCAGACAUGUUAAGUCAGUCCCUGCAGGCUGCUCCUGUACACAGUUCCGACACUGCAGCUGUCUCCAAACAAUCCCAACUAAAUGCUGUUGAUGAGGAUGAUAGAGACUUUGAGCCACCUUGUGAGGAGGAAGAUGAUGAAGAGACCAUAGAAGUAGAGGAGCAGCAAGAGGGGAAUGAUGCAGAGACACAGAGACGAGAGAUAGAGUUACUAAGGGAGGAGGGAACUCUGCCUCUGGACCAGCUGCUCAGUACUUUAACUCUUCCCCAGGACGUUGAGUCAGAAGAAGAAGCAUCAGAUACUUCAUCUUCUACAGUUGAAGAGGAAGACAAAGAAUUCAGUGCCAAUGAAGAAGAUGCGGAAGAUGAAGAAGACACCAUUGCAGCCCAGGAAGUUAUUGAAGGAGAUGGAGACCAUGCAGAGGAACUUGAUGACCUUGCAAGAGAGGGGGAGAUUAGCAUGGAAGAGCUCUUAGAGAAGUACAGAGGAGCGUAUGCCUCUGAUUUUGAGGAGCCCUCAGCCUCAGCAUCACCGGACUCCUCAGAAGAAUCAGAGGGAACUGAGGAGGAAGCGGAGGAAGAGACGGAGGGAGAGGACAGUGCUGAUGAUAGUAGCUCCUCCUCAGAUUCCCAAGCGGCUGUAGACAGUGACAAAGAAGAGGAGGAUGAGGAUGUGCAGGAGAGUGAUAAUGAGGAUGACGAUGAUGGAGGAGAGGGAAUGGAAGUUCUGCUGAGAGAGGGAGACCAUAGUCCUACUAUACCAACAUCUCCCCGACCUAAGAAAGAAAUCAGCCACAUUGCUGCUACUGCUGAGAGCCUUCAACCUAAGGGAUAUACACUGGCAACAACAAAGGUAGCAACACACAAACCCUCAGAAACACUGGCUGAAAAACACUGUUUCUGGUUAACUUUAACUGCACUUGUGUGGUUCCUUUUUAACACAGUCAAAACACCAAUUCCAUUCCUGCUUCAUGGUACCUUGCGUGAGUACCAGCACAUUGGACUGGACUGGUUGGUCACCAUGAAUGAGAAGAAACUCAAUGGCAUACUUGCAGAUGAAAUGGGGCUUGGCAAAACCAUCCAGACCAUUGCUUUGUUAGCUCAUCUAGCAUGUGUAAAGGGUAACUGGGGUCCACAUCUGAUCAUUGUGCCCACCAGUGUGAUGCUCAACUGGGAGAUGGAGUUGAAACGUUGGUGCCCUGGAUUCAAAAUCCUCACCUACUAUGGUAGCCAGAAGGAGCGCAAACUCAAGAGACAAGGCUGGACCAAACCCAAUGCUUUCCAUGUCUGCAUCACCUCGUAUAAGCUAGUGCUGCAAGAUCAUCAGGCUUUUAGGCGCAAGUCUUGGAGGUACCUCAUUUUGGAUGAAGCCCAGAACAUCAAGAACUUUAAGUCCCAGCGCUGGCAAAGCCUGCUCAAUUUCAACAGCCAGAGGCGAUUGCUGCUCACAGGUACCCCUCUCCAGAACAGUCUAAUGGAGCUGUGGUCUCUUAUGCACUUCCUCAUGCCGCACGUUUUCCAAUCCCAUCGUGAGUUCAAGGAGUGGUUCUCAAACCCGCUCACUGGAAUGAUUGAAGGGAGCCAGGAGUACAAUGAGGGCUUGGUCAAACGGCUUCACAAGGUGCUUAGACCCUUUUUGCUGCGAAGAAUCAAAGCAGAUGUGGAGAAACAAAUGCCAAAAAAAUAUGAACAUGUUGUGCGCUGUCGACUCUCCAAAAGACAGCGUUUUCUCUAUGAUGAUUUCAUGGCCCAGGCCUCGACUCGAGAGACUUUAGCCAGCGGCCAUUUCAUGUCUGUGAUCAACAUCCUGAUGCAGCUGCGGAAAGUGUGUAAUCACCCCAACCUGUUUGAUCCAAGGCCCAUACAAUCCCCCUUCAUCACAAAGGCCAUCAUCUAUUCAACUGCUUCACUGGUUCAGCGGGCUCUUGAGACCUCACCUUUUGAGCGCUGUGACAUGUCCAUGUUUGACCUGGCUGGCCUGGAGCAGCGUAUGACUAGAUACCAAGCAGAUGUUUUCCUGCCUCAGAGGAAAGUGACACAUCAGCUUAUUCAGGAGAUCAUGGAGUCCCCUGAUCCUCCUCCCAGACCGAAGCCUGUUCGCAUGAAAGUCAACAGGAUGCUUCAGCCUCUUCCUAAAUCUGAUGGGCAUUCAUCAGUGAACAGUCCUCGCCCUGUGUGCCCUACCACCACGGCUGUUCAGACUCCAAAGCCUUUAAUUACAGAGAUCACCCCUCCCCCUCCUCCCUCACAGCCGGCACCUCAAGUUUGUCCUGUUACUCCUGUUGCUGCUCCAAGAGCUCCAGUGGCUCCUAGCAGUGUCCCUUCUGCCCCUGUAGUCAGGCCUCCAGCCCCCCAGCCAGUGACUGUACGCCCCUCAGGACCAUCCAGCGUUACAACUGUGUCCACUCCCCCUCAACCACCAAGCAACAUUAUGACUCAGAGGGUGCUGCUCAGCCCAGAUAUGCAGGCUCGUUUGCCAUCCGGUGAAGUUGUGAGUAUUGCUCAGCUGGCCUCCCUGGCUGGCCGACCAGUGUCGUCUUCUCAGGGCAGUAAACCAGUCACCUUCCAGCUACAGGGCAACAAGCUCACACUCUCUGGGACUCCCUCUGUUCCUCAGCCACGACCCAUCCAAGGAAAUGUAAUGCAUCUGGUUUCCAGUAGUGGGCAACACCACCUUAUUAGUCAGCCAGCUCAGGUGGCAGUUCUUCACACAGUUAGUCAGUCAGGUAGCAGCUCAGCAAAUCCCCACCCAACCAGCACAAUCCCAACCUGCUCUGGACUAGCAGUACCUUUCACCGCUACUCAAGUCCCAACAUCCAUGGUAAGUGGGCCUGGAAUUGUAAAGAUUGUUGUACGCCAAGCACCAAGUAAAGAAGGAGGAUCAAUCCCGACUCUGGCUGUGCCUCCUUCUCCUCGUCCUGCUCCUCCUCAAUUGGUCACCCUUCACCCACAUGGCACUCCAAGCCCUGUUCUUAGAGCGCCCACUGCUUCACAGCCUCCACAACGACCUCCAGUUUAUGCUGCUCCACCCCGAACUGUUGCUUCCUCCCAGACUCCACCUACUCGCCCUGUAUUGAGAGUAGUACAGGGGCCACCACCACCAGCACCAGAACCACCAGUAACAAAGGCAAAUUCAUCAUCAGUGCGUGAGGACAGUGGUAAUGAUGUGAUCACUUUACGCAUGAGCACUCCUAAGCCUGCAUCCUCAUCUCAGAGCAGUGGGUCAACAUCUCAGCGUCCCCGUGUUCAGCCGCCACCUCCACCACGUUCCCCCUUCUACAUGUCAUGGCUUGCAGACAGCCGAAAGGAUCAGCGAGACAGCCGGAUCUCUCAAAUCAUGCGCAUCAAUGAGUUACACUGCAGUGCUAAGCCUGUGUAUGGUCGUGAGGUGCUGGACUUUCUCACCUUCCUCCCAGGCCCUUGUAUAUCUCCACCACGUCCUGUUAUAAACAACUGGAGUUACUCAGGUUAUAGCUCCUGCCUCACUGCUCAAUCACACCAUACCAGUAGCUUCCUGGAAAAGAGCCAAGCCCUGAAGGAAGCCAUCCACAACUCAGAGGAGAGGCUUCAACUUCUCUCUGAUGUCAUAGACAGGUUCACUUUUGUCAUUCCUCCAGUGGAAGCAAAGCCUAUCACCAUGCACACCUGCCAUCCACCUCCCUCCCUCGGAUACCAGCAAGGCCAUUUCUCCUCUGUUCUGUCUUCCCAUCUCUCCCCACAUACUCACACGCUCCAUCGCAUCCAGUGUAACAUGAGGACACAUUUCCCCGACUUGAGGCUUAUUCAGUAUGACUGCGGUAAGCUGCAGACACUCCACCUUCUGCUUAGAAAGUUGAAGGCAGGAACGCACAGAGUCCUCAUUUUCACUCAGAUGACACGUAUGCUGGAUAUACUUGAGCAGUUCCUCAACUACCAUGGGCACAUCUACCUGCGGUUGGAUGGAAGUACACGUGUAGAACAAAGACAGGCUCUGAUGGAGCGAUUCAAUGCAGACCGUCGCAUAUUCUGCUUCAUCCUGUCCACCCGCAGUGGAGGUGUUGGUGUUAACCUGACUGGGGCUGAUACAGUGGUGUUCUAUGACAGUGAUUGGAACCCAACCAUGGAUGCCCAAGCUCAGGACCGGUGCCACAGAAUUGGACAGACGAGAGAUGUUCACAUCUAUAGGCUAAUCAGUGAACGAACAGUUGAAGAAAAUAUUUUGAAAAAAGCCAAUCAAAAGAGGAUGUUGGGAGAUAUGGCAAUUGAAGGUGGAAACUUUACAACUGCCUUUUUCAAGCAGCAAACUAUAAGGGAGUUGUUUGAUGUGUCAGAGGGAGAAAAGAAAGAGGCUGAAUUGAGUGCGCCUCAGUCAGAUGAUGAUGAGUCCAUAAAUAAACAACAAACCACUAUUUUGGAACAGGCCCUGUGUCGUGCUGAGGAUGAAGAGGAUAUAGUGGCUGCAUCUCAAGCCAAGGCUGAGCAGGUGGCUGAGCUUGCAGAGUUUAAUGAAAAUAUCCCUCUGGAUGAUGGUGACAGCAGAGACCAGGAAGAGGAAGAGCUCUCCAAGGCUGAGCAGGAAAUUGCUGCCUUAGUUGAACAGCUCACUCCCAUAGAGCGAUACGCUAUGAAUUUCCUUGAGGCUUCACUUGAAGAUAUUUGCAAAGAGGAGCUGAAGCAGGCAGAGGAGCAGGUUGAGGCUGCAAGGAAAGGGUUGGAUCAGGCAAAGGAAGAAGGUUUGAAACUGCAUCAGUCAUCCGACAGUGACAAAGAGGAUUCCAUACCUCCCAAUUCUGAAGAACCUACUCCAACGCGUCGCCCUCGCAAACACAAAGAGAAAGGUGCUCCUUCUACGAGGGUUAGUGGCAGGCUCAGAGGAACACCUGCUGAUGAUAUUUCCCUAACCCAGCGAUCCCCAGAGAGAGGCAGGCGGGGAGCAUGGAUGAACUCUGAACGCAGUAUGGGCCAAACACCUGGGUCAACGCAAAAAUCGCCCCAACACAGAGAAGUGCCUGAGAAGUUUCGCAGUGGUCCAAAAGGGCAAGGGACAACCAAAGAAUCUGUGUCCCUCACAUCAUCAGAAAACCAGACAAUUCAAACCAACCCUCAGCUCUCAGAUUCAACAACUUUGUCCCCUGUUAUGCGGGGUUCAGACCCAAAAAUUAGAUAUGUGCCAUCCCCUCACCACCAGCCCAUCUCCCCAUCAAGCUCUGUGCCUUCAGCUGCUGCAUCUCCCGCAAUGGACAAAAACUCUAGUGGCCAUCAGUCCUCCUUCUCUACUGCAUGCAGAGAGGACAAUGAAGAGCAGGGGGUAGAGGCACUGUCUGAAACUAUACAGUGUAGCAGGAGAGACAGAAGAGCCUCUGCGUCAUCAGACUCCAUCUGUUCUCCUGAACAUCACUCUGAACAGGAUGGUCAGCUCCCUCUUUCUCCUACUCUGGCAUCACCUAACUCUCGCUCACCACGAAAGCGGCAGUCAGCUGAAAGGGAAAUCCUCAAAGGGCUUCCAGAAGAUUCUCCAUCAGCCAAGGUCCUUCGAAAGCUUCCAGGUCGUCUGGUCACAGUGGUGGAGGAGAAAGAGCCCAAACGGAGACGGAGGGGCUUGAGUGGAAGUGGAGGAGCACACACUGAGGGUUCAUCAGAGGAAACUGAACACACUGAGCCAGUUCCAGACCCAGGCUCUCAACUGUCUGAUGGAGGAAGUCAAACUCUUAAAGACUCUCCUCCCAAAUCAGUGCCCACAUCCUUAGCUUCUUCCCCACCACCCCCACCACCACCAACACAAGAGCAGGAUCAGGCCUCAUCUCCAUUACAUAGUAGCCCAGGGAGAGGGCACCACCCCUGUUCCCCAACACACCAUUCACCAGAUAUGCCUGUCCUACGAAACUUACCAGUACGCCGAAGGCUUAAGACAGAGUCUCGAAUGGCUGCACAGUUAGGAGAGCAAUUCAUGGGAAGAGGUAGAGGGGUGGAUCGGAGAUCUGCUUUAUCACCAAAGAAACCAGAAUCAAAUUCAGACAAGGAUAGUGCUGCUCCAAAUGACUCAAUGAAGCGCAAAAGGGGUAGACCGCCUAAAACACCUCCACAGGCACUAGAGCUGCCAGAAGACAAGAUACCAGUAACCCAGAAAACAAAUCCUGAGCGGAGUCCCUCUCACUCACCAAAACGGAAAAGAGGUCGUCCCCGUAAAGAUUCCACCACAACUACCAGCUCAUCCCCAUCUUCUCCUUCUACAUGGGCUCCUUCCUCCCAUGAGCCUAAUUUGUCAAGGUCCAAUGUUAUGCCUGUGAUUUUGCCUGCUGUCAGUAACACUUCACCAAUAAGCUCUCCACUCAACCCCACUUCACCCUCAAAUGCUGCUGAAGUAUCAUCAUCUUCUAAACCAGAUUCUGAAACUACAUCUGUUUUACUGUCCUCUAUACAUACAGAUUCUCAAAAUAUGUCAUUGUCUGCAUCAGAACUUGGUGACUCACAUGGUGAAACUAACACCAGUCUGAACCCCCUAAUUGCAUGCAUUGACUCUAACACCAAUACACUUGAAACUUUAUCACACAACACUUCUACAGCAGCAAUCUCUCAGACUUGUACAGCUUCUUCCCCUACACUACACCCUCCAAGUCCUAUCAGAGAGCCUACCAUUUGUAAUGUCUCCAUCCAUAAAGAGGAACUUGCCUGUACACAUGUAUUUUUUGAGACCAGUGAAAUCACACCAUCUUCAGAACCUUCGAAUGUCUUGGUGACUGCUGUAGAAACCAAGGAAGAUUCACUCACAGAAAAAGAUCAGUUGCAGUACUCAAACACAUUAACUCAAGUCACGUCACAACCCUUACAAAGAACUAUUACAACUGAAGACUCUCCACAAACCUCUGUAGAACACAUGUGCAAUAUAGCUGCAUCUCUUACUCCCACUCAUCAGUCGUCCACCCAGCAUUCGCCAUCACCUGCUUUGACUUCUGGGAUUAAGCAAGAAUCAUCUUCAUCUAAAUCGGAGGUACCAGAAUCUUCUGUGACACUAACUGUGUCAACAGUCCAACAAUCCAUACCUACGUCUGAUCAAACUUCUGUUUGUCCCUCACAAACUCAAACUACAGACAUCGAAGCAGCAACAGAUUCAGCACUUGUAUCUCACAAAAUGUCCUCAGUGUCUUCACAAUCUCCGUCCACCACUGAUCAGAUAACAACAGAUUCUUUUUCCACAUCCAAUACAGAUGUAGAUUCUUCUCAGUCCAAAAACAUGCCAGUGGUGACCAUGGCUGAUAAUCAUGAAGGCCAACAUUCACCAAAGGAGGAGGUUGUGACUGAGGAUAAAGAGAAAACGGAAAUAGACAGUCUUGCUGAGGAUAACGUAAGAGAAAAAGACAGCAUCUUAUCUCAGCUAAAGAAAAGGAUAUUGGAUAGUUUGCCAAAGGAACAGACACCUGGUGCCUCAGGAGUUGCCUCAUCAAAUUCAGAUAUCGAGUACCAUGAUGACCCUAAGAGUGAUGGACCUGAUAAGCCAUCAGAAGGGGAAUCAAAAGAGGAGAGAGAGACCAGAACUUCUGCCAAAAAACGAAGCAUCAGCAGGCAAAGCAGCCAGGAGUCAGUCCGUUCCUCUUCCCCAUCUUCUGUAUCCUCCUAUGGUACAAGAUCAACCCAGUCCAAAAAAGCUGGAGAGAGUAGGAGGCCUGCAAAAAGGAAACGGGAAGAUAUAAAGUCUGAAAAAGAGAAAACUGAAGAAGAGUCUGACAAAAAACUCCAGUGCAACUCUUCCUCAUCUUCAGACUCUGAGGACUCUAAUAGCACAACAAGAUGUUUGACAAGAUCGGUUCAAAAGAAGUUGGAGAAAGAUGGCAUGGUUGCUAAAAAUGAUGAGAGCAGUAAGAGGCAAAUGGGGAGGUCAGACAAGAAGGGUAAAACCACCAAUAAUACCACAGAAGGGGAGUCCAGUGGAGAAACGUGUUCAAGAGUAACCCGGAAAUCUACAGGCCCACAACCCAAUACUGUAGCCUCCCCUGAACCUGAGGUACUGGGCAAACGCUGCUCAGCCCUUAAUGCUGCCGCCAAGCUCUUGGCAAUGAGGGGAAGAGGACCAGACACACCCAGCCCCAGAAUUAAGACAGCAGCACAACAAAGCAAACCGCUGUCCUCUGAAAAAAGCAGUAAACCCAAGGGGAAAACAGGACAGGACUCUCCCAAGAUAUCUAACAGUAAAACAGGGAGUGGCAGGCAAACCCCCAAUCAGACAACUGAAUCACCACAGUCCUCUUCUUCUGCUCGAUCAACUCGGCAGCGACCAGGCAGUCUUGUUCCCCCUUUGGAAACAGAAAGGGUUAAAAAAGAAGAAAAGAAAAAAGCAUUUGAUCAGAAGGAAGAAGGCGAAGAUGAAAACAGAGAGACCAGGUCUUCAGGAGGUCACAGUGUCUGCAGUAGUAGAAGCAGCGAAAGAGGAGCAGGCAGCAGUAGAAGUCGGAGUAGCAGCAACAGCAGCCAGCGCACCCACAGUUUGAGCUCGCAGAGUACAGAGCCCACCCGCUCCCAUUCCAGGGCAGCAUCCUCUGGUAGUGAUACAGAGAGAGGCAAAAGUAUUCGGCGUAGGCGUGAUGGAGGCGGAGGCAGGGAGAGCAGGAAAGAGAAGAGGUCCCACAAGCAGGACAAAUCUGAAAUGAAUGCUGGAUCCAGCGACGGGACUCCAGACAGGGUUCUUAGGAGUGUAGCUGCAUUGGCAGCCGCUCAGGCACGUACUCCAGCUAGCAACACACGUUCUUCGUCCACCCAAAACCGGCACUCCAAGACGUGAUGGGGAGAACAAACGUUAUCUUUAGGUUUCAACAAGGAGUGAGACAACAACUUCAGCGAGGAGCGAAUGCAGAUUUUUUUUGUGAGGAAAGUGGAUCAGUUUCAUUAAAAGGCCAUGGUUUAGCUGAAUGAGAGAAGACGAGAGAAGAGAGAUCUGUUGCACAUUGUGAUUAGAUCUGACCUCGCCUUUGCCCUCUCAGCUAUCAUAAGUCAAGCCAUUUAUAAUGUGGAACGGUUCUAUAGAUGCAGGACAAUGAUGAAGAUUUGGUCACCUGUUUAAAAAUGUCCUAAUUUGAGUUAAAACCUGGAAAAUAUUUUACCCUUCCACAAAGACUUUGGAACUUCAAAGUAGCUGGGCAAGAGGCAAGAUUUAUUAUUUGUUCACACUAUGUACUGUAAUCAUAAAGACUGAAAGACUGGAAAUACUAUGUGAAAUAUGUGUUAAAAGGUUGGUUGCAUAGAUUGUACACUUUUUACAGAGUUUACUAGUGCUGCAAAUGGUAUUGAUGAGGAAGAAAUUCAUUAAUGCUACAUUGAAAUGAUUUAGUGGGGAUUGUACAAUUGUAAAGUUUUUAGACUGUUGCAUUCUGGAUAAUGUUUGUCAGCUGUUUUGACUAUUGUUUGUUUCAAGUCAGUUGAUAAAUUACGAAAAUAUCGUCUAUAUCUUCCAGGGUAUGAAGAAGAGGGCAGGUCUAAAAAAAAAAUGUGAUUUUUUUUUUUUUUUUUUUCCCCUUUUGUUGUUUUUUGUUGUUGUUGUUUUUUCUCUGCACUAUGCUGGAGUUACUAUUUGCUUUUCACCUUUAUCACCUGUCUUGUGUAAUGUUUCAGUCCAUUACUUUUAAAUUCUGCUGCUGCCUGCUUUUCCCCAUUUGCACAUCUGAAAUGUCCCAGACAUUGGAGGAUUGCAUUGUGGUUUAGGAUUUUUUUUCUUCUCCGGAACAUCGACUUGUCAGUACAAAUUUACUGGUACCUCACUGCAUUUUGUAAGCUCUAAAGUAAGUGUACCUCUUGAGCUUGUGAUGAAUCUUGAAAUUUGCUUGUCAUAUGCUUUAUAGCAGUACAGAAAUGGGAGACCACAUCUUGCUAUUUUCCUUCUCUUUCCCAAAGUGUUAGUCAUUAUGAUCAUCUUUACACAUUAAAUUGUAUUCACAAACAGAAUCUAAAUGAGUUUGAUAAAAUGAGAGUGCCUGUUGAUCCAUACAAAGGUCCAUGUUAAAGUAUAGAAGUUUGGUCAUCUAUAGUGCUUUGAGUGUAAUAAGCUCUUUCACCCUUCAUUGUAACAACACCAUUUCUGUUUAUGUGCAACCAAAACUGAAAUCUCCAGUGAAAUUUGCUACUGUCAGCUAUUUUUAUUUCUGGAGUAUUGGUCCUUUUUAUGACUGGACCGAUGCUGGGUGGGUAGGAAACACCUGAAAGAACUUCUUAAGAGAAAUAUCUUAUUUUUUUGCUGAACAUUGGCAGUCAAGUAAGUUGUAAGAUAGCUUUCUUUGCCCGUUUUGGACGGGGCGGGCGGGGGAGGGGGGGUAUAUUUAGUAGAAUAUGGUGAUGGUCUUAUUUUCAUUUUGAUUUGUCUCUAUUCUAAUUUGUUACAUUCCUUAUGUUCCCUUGUAAUUCCACAUUGUUUUACUUGAAAGAUUGAAACAAAAAUGUAAGUUGAAUAAAAAGACCAAAAAUA